CGACAGUAUACGGGGCGGCGAACAAUAAUUGUCUCAUAAACAAGAGAAAUGCACUAGGAGGCGAUGUAUCUGGUCUAUGAUGCGUAGCGGCCGGUCUUUGCGCCCUCGGGCGUGUAUAUAGGCCUGAAGUUAGGCCCUCCUGCAUCGUCCAGGCGCGAAGCGCGUUCCAUAAUAUCUCCAUGCCUUGAAUGGCUUCCCCUUCAUCCCCCCUCUCUGUCUCCUCCCUUACUGACGAUGCCGAGUCCGUUGUCAGCGAAGGGGAGGAGGACGGUGACUCCACUGCUGCCAGCUCAGUCGUCCCCGCGUCCAAGAAAGGUAGAGCUACGACACCACCGCACGAGACGGGAAAAUACAGGUCGCAAGCGUUACGUCGAAAGGUACUGGAAAUGGUCGGGCUAUCUUGCCUGUUCUACGGUCUGUACCCCGAGUGCACGAUGACCGUCGCGCAUUGGGUGCCCAGGUGCCUCAAAACUCUACGUCCAGAUAUUUAUUAUCGUCUUGUUGCGGCAUACGGCUCAAUCGUCAAGAAUGCCGAUAACACGUUAUCUCGCGUUGUGCACUUCGAUUGCUCGGGCAAUCAAGACGUCCUAUGCGGAACUGGUCACCUUGCCUUCGACGGUACAAAGGGCCCUGGUAGCGGAAUCUGUUCGAUCAUUCCCCUUACUCUGGACAAGGACAUGGAAAUAAUCAGGAAUAACCCCAAGAAGAGCGCGCGCCAGUGGUUCCCUCAGACUUCGUCGUUGUUCGCGGUGCACGUUUACGAAGGGCAUCGUCUGCCAAUCACUAUCCUCGGCCCAAGACUGCGAUCGUACGCACACGUGAAGCCGCGAAGUGUCGAGGAGCAAGAAGCCGAGGAUCGCGCUCUUGACGACCUGUGCUGCCCCUCCGAAUAUUCCUCGACAGUCGAACCGGAGGAAAUCUCGGAAGAAUGCCGUCGCGUCACCAACGCUCUGGUGAACUCCAAGUCGGAACAGAUCGCCACGCAUAUCGUCGACCCGCGGAAGCCCGCCACCCUCAACUGGGUCGUUUGCUCGCACCUCAACAAGGCCUACGUGUAUACCGACAUCGGCCUCAAGUUGCUCUAUCGCAGGGUUGACAGGGAGGGGAGUGGUCUUCGCGGCAGGGACCUCGAACUCUACAAGAAGCUGUGGCCGACCAUCGGAUAUUGGUUUGAGGACGUGCCCCCUCUAUCUCCUGGCCCUGGUGAAGGCAGCGACGCGAUCGAAGUUGCGGACUAUGUGAACAAUGGCCGUCGCUCCGAGCGUCUCGCCAAGUCCCGCUCGGCACCUGCAGUGACAACAACGCAAUUGGAAGUGCCCAAGAAGCGCAAGGCCUUGGCGAGCGCGCCCACUGUCAUUCCCUUGCAAGACCCUCAGGCCUCUCGUUCCUCGCCGCACCCACGGAAGACCGACCAGGAGACUCGCGCGCCAACGCCUGGACCGUCUGAACCUUCGCCAGCUACCACGGAGGAACACGAGCCUCCCACAAAGAAGAGGAGAAGAGCACUAGCCCAAACCGAACAUGCUUAAGGAUCAAGAAACACUUCUUGGGUCGCUGUUCAAGGCUUUGCGCACGGCUCGGGUCGACCUCGUGUCCAUCCACAUAUUUAUUAGGUAUUAUGUAUCCCUCAAUGAGUAAAGC